AGAGAAACCCCCUUUGACAACCACUUGCCAGGGGAUCAUCAACCAUCUUGGUCUCUCUGCAUCUGCCCUCGAAGCUGCAUGCCCUUCUGCGGAUAUGUGUGACUUCUGCAACUAGUUGACUUCUUUUCUCUCUUCAUUUCUGACGACCAUUGUACCCUCUUCCCUUCUCUACUCUCGUUUUCCAGCCGCGUCGCCUUACGAGCGCUGUUUUCUAACAACAGGACGCGCGCGCACAACGCACUUGUGGACGCGGAUCAUUUGAGCAUCGAUCUUUAGGCCCGCGGACACCAAGAUGGCUGCGUCGAAAGGAGCUGUUGCGUCAGGAGCCGAUUUGGAUCAGACGACCAGAAGACGAAAUGUGCAAGCCAGCACGCCUAGCAGUGGAGCAGCGAACCAGGUCGAAGUUGAUGACAAGAAGACGCAAAGCAAGAAGCAGACCACACAGUCGCCCCUCUUGAAGUUCCUGGAUGAAUGGGAAUUCCUUAUUGCACCUUUCAUCUUCACGGCUUUCGCCUUCUUCACCCGCCUGUAUAAGAUUGGAUUGUCGCCGAUCGUGACUUGGGAUGAAGCACAUUUCGGGAAGUUCGGUUCUCAUUACCUCAAACGGGAGUUCUACUUCGAUGUGCACCCUCCGCUUGGGAAGAUGCUGGUAGGAUUAUCCGGCUACCUCGCGGGUUACAAUGGAUCUUUCGAGUUUAAGUCCGGGGAGAGAUACCCUGACGAGCUCAACUAUACGGUUAUGCGUGCAUUCAACGCUUUCUUCGGCGCGGUUACUAUUCCCCUGGCCUACUACACGGCUCGUGAACUGAACUUCAAGAGACCUGCCGUGUGGUUUGUUACGCUCAUGGUCCUCUGCGAGAACUCUUAUACCACUAUCAGCCGAUUCAUCCUCUUAGACUCAAUGCUCUUGUGCUUCACAUUCACGACUGUACUGUGCUGGGCUAGAUUCCACAAACUCCAGCACAAGAGCUUCAGCUUCGAGUGGUUCGCGUGGCUUAUCCUGACCGGUGUGAGCAUUGGUUGCGUUUGCAGUGUCAAAUGGGUUGGGUUCUUUGUUACCGCCCUGGUUGGGUUGUACACGAUUGAGGAUCUAUGGAACAAGUUCGGUGAUCUCAAGAUGCCCAAGGUCGAACUUGCAGCCCAUCUUGGUGCUAGAGUUGCGGGCUUGAUUGUCGUUCCCGUCAUUAUCUACAUGCUAUCCUUCGCGCUUCACUUUGCAAUUCUGGAGAACAGCGGUCCAGGGGAUGCUCAAAUGAGCUCUCUGUUCCAAGCAAACCUGAAAGGUACGGAGGUCGGAAAGGACAGCCCCCUCGAAAUCGCAUAUGGUUCCCGAGCGACGAUCAAGAAUAUGGGUUAUGGUGGUGGCCUACUCCACUCCCACAUUCAGACAUAUCCCGAGGGCUCUACCCAACAGCAGAUUACUUGCUACCAUCACAAAGAUGCCAACAAUGAGUGGUGGUUCUACCCUAACCGCAUGCAGCCCGAAUACGACCCCGAGGCACCAAUCAAGUACGUUGGAGAUGGUGAUGUUUUGCGAUUGAUCCACUCCCAGACUGGCCGCAACUUGCACUCUCACGAUGUCGCUGCUCCAGUCACCAAGUCCCACAAGGAGGUCUCAUGUUACGGAAACACCACUGUCGGUGACGACAAGGACCACUGGACUAUGGAGAUUGUCAAGGAUGUCGUCUCGAAUGACCGAAGCAGGGUCAGAACUUUGACCACCGCAUUCAGACUCAGGCAUACCGUCCUCGGCUGCUAUCUCCGUGCUGGGAACGUCAACUUACCGCAGUGGGGUUUCAAGCAGAUUGAAACUACUUGUGUUCCUGAGAACAACCCUAAGGAUGUCUACACUCACUGGAACGUUGAGGCACACUGGAAUGAUAAGCUUCCCGCCGCUGAUGCUGGAGCGUACAAAUCUCCUUUCUUCCAAGAUUUCAUCCAUCUGAAUGUUGCGAUGAUGACCUCCAACAACGCUCUGGUCCCUGAUCCUGACAAGCAGGAUGACCUCGCCUCGCAAUUCUGGCAAUGGCCAAUCCUGCACGUCGGUCUCCGUAUGUGUGGCUGGGACGACAACAUCGUCAAGUACUUCCUCCUCGGCAACCCCCUCGUCUACUGGGGCUCCACGGCCUCCCUGGGCGCCCUUGGCCUCCUCGUGAUCUGGUACCUCAUCCGCUGGCAACGCGGCUACGACGAGCUCAAGCCGUCCGACAUCGACCACAUCCACUACUCGGGCAUCUACCCGGUCCUCGGCUGGGUCCUGCACUACCUCCCCUUCAUGGCCAUGGCGCGCGUCACCUACGUGCACCACUACUACCCAGCGCUCUACUUCGCGAUCCUCACCUUCGGCUUCGUCACCGACUGGGUCCUGCGGCACCAGGUCCAGAGCGUGCAGUACAUCCUCUACGGCGUGUUGUACGCGGCCACCAUCGGCCUGUACAUCCUCUUCAUGCCGAUCUCCUGGGGCAUGGUAGGCCCGAAUCGCCAGUAUAGCUAUCUGAAGUGGUUCGAUACGUGGAGGAUGUCGGAUCCAUGAAUGAGGACGUGGACUCUGGAUGGUGGUGCUAGAUAAAGAUAAAGAUAAAGAUAAGAACAGAAACAAAACCCCUUUUUGAUCGAUCUCCAAUGUUGUGUGAGUAGUGUAUACUAAGAAAGAAAUGGAAAGGGGAAUGGGGAUAGGG